GCCACUGCACUGACCGCACCCCACCCACCACUUGCCUGCCACCACCAUCACCAAUCCCCCCAAGCCAGCGCGGAUCGAGAGAGAACUCAUCGAGCGAGCGAGCGAGCCUGCCGUCGCCGUCGCCGGUUCCCGUCAUGGCCGCCGCGCUCAGGGCCGCGCCGCCGUCCCGGGUCACCGCCAGGCCCGCGGAAGGCUUCGCCAGGUCGGUGGUGGCGUCGCGGGUCGCGGCGGCCGCCGGCGGCGUCGGGGCGGCCGGGAAGAAGGCGCGCGGCGGCGUGGCGGUCCGGGCGUCGCUGUUCUCGCCCAAGCCCGCGGCGGCCAAGGACGCGCGGCCGUCCAAGGCGCAGGAGCUCUACGUGUACGAGAUCAACGAGCGGGACCGCGAGAGCCCCGCGUACCUGCGGCUCAGCCCCAAGCAGACGGAGAACGCGCUGGGCGACCUCGUGCCCUUCACCAACAAGGUGUACAACGGGAGCCUGGACAAGCGCCUGGGCAUCACCGCCGGCAUCUGCGUGCUGAUCCAGCACGUCCCCGAGCGCAACGGCGACCGGUACGAGGCCAUCUACAGCCUCUACUUCGGCGACUACGGGCACAUCUCGGUGCAGGGGCCCUACCUGACCUACGAGGAGUCGUACCUCGCCGUCACGGGCGGGUCCGGCGUCUUCGAGGGCGCCUACGGCCAGGUGAAGCUCCACCAGAUCGUCUUCCCCUUCAAGAUCUUCUACACCUUCUACCUCCGGGGCAUCCCGGACCUGCCGCGGGAGCUGCUCUGCACGCCCGUCCCGCCCUCCCCCACCGUCGAGCCCACCCCCGCCGCCAGGGCUGCCGAGCCCCACGCCUGCCUCAAGAACUUCACCAACUGAUGUGAGGUCGCCGCUGCUGCUCCGCUCGCUGGUAGUGCUAGGGGAGUACGGCUUCUGGUUUGAUGUGUAAUUGGGUAUGGCUAUGGCUAGUUUCCCUUGGACGAUUCGUCGUGGUAGUAGAGCAAUAAGAGAGGGAGAGUGACGGGUCGGGGAGGAGUUUGGGGUGGAGUUGCGUACUCCGCUUCACUUGGCUGGCUCCUCUCUCUCCUGAUUGUGAUCGAUUAGCAACGAGCAGCUCAGCUCGUCUCAGAAAAAAAGGAUUGGUCGAUGAUCAUCAAGUAGCGAAGCGUUAUUAAUUGCUGGGCGCUGCCCGGAGUUGUGUUGUCGCUGAUGGGGAAGAGAUA